AUGUGCAAUGGGAGUCAAGACGACUCUGAAGCUAGUCAACUCUUGAAUCUCGGGAUGCUUCGAAAGGAUCGCGUCGAUCCGGAAUGCCGCUGCAAUACCGACGCGGAGCUUUAUCGCGAUGCCAACGGAAUACGCUGGAGCUUCAUGUUGAACCUGACGAAUAUUUCAUACGGCUCUUAUGGCAACAACAAGUUCUACAUGGGACAGCUCAUUCUUGACCGAGGAAGCUUUCGGGUAUUUCGUAAAUGGGGUCGAGUUGGUGCUACGUCGCCACAAUCGCAGACGGAAUACUUUGAUAGCCUCCAAGAUGCCGAGCGAUCGUUUCAAAAGGUCUUUAAGGCCAAGAGUGGCAACAAGUGGCCGCUCACAGAACCAUUUGUCCACAAAAACGGCAAAUACUUUCUUGUUGAGCUCGACGAUGGAGCAAUGGAAGCGGAUGUUAAGGAAGCAAGUGAAGCGAAUGAGGAGGUGGCAUCCAAGUUACCAAAGCAAGUUCAGGAGAUUAUUCAGCUCAUCUGCGACCCCGAAGCCGUUGCUCAAGAAAUGGCUAGGUUGAAUGUGGAUCUCACGCGCUUCCCGCUAGGCAAGUUGUCAAAGGCACAGAUAUCGCAAGGCUAUGAGAUUCUGCAGCGUAUUUCAGCUGUCGUCGAAGAGAUUGAAGAGUUGACGACAACACCUGUGCAGGUCAAGGCAACCAAAGCCGGCUCAAAGAGUCGGCGAAAACGAAAAGCCAAGGCGAAGGGACCCGUUGCGACUACUAGGCAAAGUCUGACGCGUCUUCGAGAUGAUCUCAAGGCACUGUCAAGCGAGUUUUACUCGCUCAUCCCGCAAGAUUUCGGACGUGCGCUGCCGUCAGUGAUUGCAACGAUGGCGGAUGUCAAGGUGAAGCUCGAGUUAUUAGAAGUGCUGUCGAACCUGGAAAUCUCGCAGAUGCUGCGGAAAGAAUCGAGCUCGAAAGCUUUGGCUGAAGCUGCGAUGCAUCCUCUUGAUCGCCACUACAACAAGCUGAACACCCACAUGGAGCCACUGAGCAAACACGAAAGGGAGUUUCAACUCAUUGAAAAGUUUGUCAACAAGACGAAUGCUGGGAGCAAGACAAGUAUCCGCAGUAUACUCCGGAUUGCUCGACCGGAUGAAGACUCACACAAAGAAGUACUCAGGUCUCUCGACAAUCACAAGCUCUUGUGGCACGGAUCCCGUUUGUUAAACUACUUUGGCAAAGGGCUCUACUUUGCUGACACGUUGGCGAAAUCGGCAACCUAUUGCUGUACAUCAUCUCGAAAUCCCACGGCGAUCCUGCUGCUCGCUGACGUCGCUCUGGGCACGCCGUACCCGGUCAGGUCUGGAGAGUUGUUGGACUACGAACGCGUCAAGUAUGAGCUCGGGUGCGACAGUACGCACGGUCUUGGACGCAUAACACCAGCAGAGCACGAAUUUGAGACUUUGAAGGACGGAGUAGUCGUGCCAGCGGGCACACUGACGCCAGCGAAUGGCAAGCAGCAGUUGCUGUACAAUGAGUUUAUCGUGUACCGCCGCGAGCAGGUUCAGUUACGCUACCUCGUCGCUCUUAACUAUCACCACGUAGUAUAG